ACUUUAUCGGAGGAUAUCUGAACGGCGUAUCUGUAAUGAGAUAACGUGCGAGUUCGUCGAUUAAAAGUGCCGCGCCUCUAGCCUCAGGCUGGUCGAGCCUGGUUGGUUCCGUUAGCCCAGUUUAACAGCGAGACGACGGGAAAAACUUGGAUUUAAGAGGAACUUGGUCGCACGCGAGACAACGAGUGAUUAUCGCUAUUGUAUCCAUCAUGUGAUUGAGCGACCAUUUUCAUGGUUGCAACGGUUCGAAUAGAAGCGUGUUCAAAGUGGUGUGUUUUAUGCGUGGGAGUGAAAUCAAGGUGUUCGGAACGAAACGAAAAAACGAACGAGAGAUUGGUGAAACGAGGGAAUAAAACAUUUGGCCAGGAAUGACCAUACGUCUUCAAGAAGUGGUGAGAUCGGAAGUGGAAGGUGGCCUGUCAGGGCCAGCCAAUCCGAUACCAAGCCAGUCGAUAGACUGCGGUUGUGCACAGCUACCAUGUCCAAAAUUAGCGAAAUUUGCAACUCGACGGCUAUUCGUCGGCCUAAUGACGUGGAUCGGUUUGGUCCAGGCAGCUGGGUACGCGUACUUUUACGUAGCGGGGCCCACGAUCGCCAGAAGAUUUCAAUUCGAUCCUUACAUAAUGGAGUGGGUCCUUGUAAUAUCAGAUUUGACACCCUUCUUUCUUGGCCUACUCGUUGCAUAUUGGGGCGAUAGGUUCCAUAGAGUUGCAUGGAUCGGUGGUGUAGUCCUUUUACAGAGUGUAUCAUAUUUUAUCAUGAUCAUUCCUCAUCUGACACAUAAAAUGAAAUUCUUCGAUAACGCAAACAAUGUCACACAUAUGUCAAAAUACGCAGAUGACCACAAAGAAUUGUGUUCAGCAGUUCCAUUUAGAAUCAUCGCGAAGGAUGACGAAUUUUGUUAUUUUACAUUCGGUAUGAUCAUUGGAGUACAAGUCGUAUCCGGAGUGGCACAGAUUGCAUAUUUCGCGUUGGGUAUUUCUUAUUUGGACGAUAAUACGAAAAAGAAACACGCUGCCGCCUUCAUCGGUAUCAUCAUCGCUGUGAAAAUCGUUGGUGUCCUUUUGGGAUACAUCCUGGCCUGGGGUUGCCUUAGGAUAGACGCAGAAACUCUGACUACCAUAGACUCCUACACGGACCAAAUUGGUGCAUGGUGGCUGGGAUUUCCAAUUCUCACAAUAUUACUCGUAGUUCCUAGUUUGCUACUCUCAUGGUUCCCCAGAGUGCUGCCAUCCGAGGUCGUUGAACAAGCAGCAGCUUCGUUAUUAAUCAGUGCCAGCAGAUAUAACCUAGCACCCAAAAAAGCCAUCAAAGUUGGCGGUGCAGGUUUCUGCGAAACGUUGAACAGGCUGUUCCUUAAUAAAAUUUUAGUGUGCCACGUUCUGGCGUUCACGCUCUCCAUCAUGGCCAUUGUGAAUUUCAUGGGUUACGAGAAUCUUAUUAUAGAGUCGAAAUUUCACGUUCCCAAGCCAACUGGGAUGUUGCUGGGCUUCAACGAUCCGAUGCCUUCGAGGCUGAUAUCAAACUUUCUGAAGCCUAUACUGAUCGGUUUGAUAGUGACAGUUACAGGCUUGGUAAUAUCUAAAGCAAAACCUAGUGCUCGAAGUGUUAUCGGAUAUAGUGUCGUCGUUGUGACAAUAUCCGCUGCAAUUAUUUUUGGAUUGACUGGUACAGUUUGCGAGAAGAAUCCUAUAGUUGGCACCGACGACAGAGGAAGAAUAGACCUAACGAAGUAUUGCAACAAAGACUGCGGCUGUUCGGACGACGCCCAAUUUCACCCCGUUUGCGACCCCAAAGGGCAGUACACCUUCUACAGCCCUUGCCACGCUGGAUGCGCUUCCUCCGAAUUCAAGAACGGUAUAACGAUGUACACUGGCUGUACAUGCGUACAAGAAGUAACUGGUAAAGCGGAUGGAGAUGCACAAGAUGGACCUUGCAAUUCGAGCGUCUGCCAAAUUGGUUGGUUGUUCUUCGAAUUCGGCACUCUAUUGGCGUACGCACUAGUCGCCUCGGCUUUCGUGGGCGACUGUCUAAUAACUCUAAGAUCGGUCUACGCCCAAGACAAAGCCUGCAGCAUCGGCUUCUUGAUGAUGUGGUCCACCAUUUUCACGUACGCUGCUGGAAAAUUCGUUUACGACCUCGUAGCAAGCCUAACCUGCCAAUAUUGGGGAACUCAAAAGACGAUCUGUCACCUACACGACAGCUUGAAGCUUGGCGAUUAUCUAUGCUACUUGACGGGUUCUCUUCUGGCUUUGAGCGCCCUGCUGAAAAUCCUUUCAUGGAUUUUCUGCGCGGAUCUAGACCUCUACAAUCAAGAGAUGGAGGAACUUCCCGAAGGUGCAGAGCUGCAGGUCCUCGUGCCCAAUCUUGCUCUAAGUUCCAGAAAAGCGGGAGAGUUAUCCGACACUGGCAACAAUGACAAAUCAACGACUCGAGCGGAGAUCGUCAACAAACCCGAAACGACAAAGACUAACGAAAAUUCUGGAAAAAGCAAAGCUCAGCAACAAAUAGACGACGCACCCUUGAAGUACGGGCCCCUAGGACCCGGCGAUCGACGAACAGACUCGAAGUCGUCACUGAACAAGAUAUCAAAAGUACGAAAUCUGGAAACCGAAGACGAGUUGAGUUCCAGCGACGAGGUCGCGAUGAAGAACCUCAACUCCAAGGUGCCAUACGUCCCUCUAGAUCUCGACUCCGACGUGGAGAGCGACUUGAGUAAUGCCGAGCCCAGAUCACGAAAACGUAUCCACAGCAAGGACUACGAUCGCGUAUACGAUCUAGAUCAAAGCUCCUCCGAGAAAAGUUCGUUUCCCAGGCAAAAUCCCGGUCGAACGCAGUACAAGAAUCAAAAGGGAACCGCGGACGGUUCGUACAUAACAAGCAGCUUCGAGUAUUCCUCUAAACAAAAUGGCGCAUCCAGGAGAGGUGAUUUCAACGAAGUGGGUAUACCUAUCGUGUCCUAUUCGCCUCAGUCGCAGUCCGACCCUAGAUUCCUGAAGGAUGUGAAAUCGUUGAUCAAUCAGUAUGAAUUGAACGCCGACCAUCAAGUUGCCGAAGACCAGCAAGUUGAAGCAGGGGUUGGAGGUCACCAUACGGAUUACAAACCCGUUGCUGGUAUUCCGUUGGCAGCCAUGGUGCAGUCGAGGCCUGAAUCUAGGAAUGGUCAAUUUUCGUCAGGGUUCAGCAGUUUGGCCGGUGGUAGAGCUCCUCAGGAUCGACCUGAAUCCCGUGAAAGCUCCAGCCCGAGGACUUCCAGCAAGGGGAGCAGGGGGACCUUGCAUACAGAUUUCUAGCGUCUACGUGAGCUGAUUCGAGGGCAUUUUUCUUACAUUUCUGCGCCGUACACUGCCUGUGUAUUGAUAGUUUUAUAUGAUCGAUUAUAAAUAUAUUUUAUUUAUAUAAACGUU